AUGACCGUGAAGGUGCGCGGCUCGGCGAAGACCCUGCCAACGGGGGAGCGUAUCUUCAUCAUGCACGCUGCCAUUGUCGUCUCCGACGUAGAGGAUGGCUACCUUGAAGUGAUGUACCACGGCAACUACGUACCCUCGUCGUGGAGUCGUGUGGAUCGACAUGGAUCAGGUGAAGACUACGCCGCCGCCCACCAAAUAUUUGUUUUUGAAGAAGAAUGCCAAGGGCUCGCGGAUUUGAAUACUGGUUUGGUGGCAUUGAUCUCAAUGCAACUCCUCAAGCUAGUACAUCAACUGAUCAACAUGCUGGGCAGCCGCCAGAAGUCGGAGGCCAUCGUGUCGAUCCCCAAGGAGAUGAAGCAGGUUCCAUUUGUUGGCAUGAUGUUUGACACACCUGAACUAGCUUUGCAGCACUACAACAGAUAUGCUCACCACAUUGGUUUUUCAGUGAAGAUAGAAUCAUCUAGGAGAUGUGCUAAAGAUGGUGAGCUAGAUAAAUUUGUUUAUGUCUGCAACAAAUCUGGGAAGCCUAGAGAAGAAGAAGCAGUCCCAGUUAAGCAGAGGAAUCGGAACUAUGACAGGAUUAAAGAUAUCCCAGAGCUGCUAGAGUACUUUGAAGAAAUCAAGAAAGAUGAUCCCAGAUUUUUCUACAGGUUCAAGCUAGAUGCAGAAAAUAAAGUGGAGAACCUGUUCUGGGUGGAUAGAAAAGCAAGAGAUGUCUACCCCCUAUACAAUGAUUGUAUUUCUUUUGAUACAACAUUCAUGACAAACCAGUACAGCAUGCCAUGUGCUCCUUUCAUUGGAAUAAAUAGAUAUGGUCAAUCCAUCCAGCUUGGUUGUGGUUUUGUGAGGAAUGAAUCUUCUGUGAAUUUUGUGUGGUUGUUUGAGCGGUUUUUAGAGGCAAUGGAUGGACUACAUCCAUUGAACAUCAUUACAGAUCAAGAUGCAGCUAUCAGAACUGCUAUCCUCAUUGUGUUCAUUGGCAUCAUACACAGGUUCUGCAGGUGGCAUAUAAUGCAAAAAGUACACGAAAAACUUGGUACUUUUGUUGCUCAGAGAGAAGACUUGCGUUUAGAGUUCAAUGAUGUGAUUGACUACAGCAUGACACCGGAAGAGUUUGAACAGCGGUGGGCAAAUAUGGUGGAAACGCAUGGGGUUGCAGAUAACACACAUUUUCUUGACCUCUAUGAUUUGCGUGAGUAUUUUGUGCCAGCAUAUUUCCGCCUCCGGUUUUUCCCAUUCCUUCAAACUACAUCUAGAAGUGAAGGGUUUAAUGCUGUUCUUAAGCAGUAUGUUCAUCCACAUGAUAGCCUUGUUCGUUUCUUCAAGCAGUACAUGAAACUGCAGGAAAGAAUUGAUGUAACAGAAGAUGCUCAUGAGUUUGAUGGUGAUGAGAAGACAGUCAGGCUUUGGGGGGACUUUCCCAUGGAGAAGCAGAUCCUUCAGACAUACACCAUGCCCAUCUACAACCGCUUUCAGCUUGAGCUUCGGAAAAUUACAUCCUACAAUGUUCGUGACAUUGGUGUUACUGAACAAGGGAGCAUUCAUGAGGUUUUCCCAAUACAAGGAUCCGUGCGCGGGUACGGUAGGAGGAGUUAUCGUGUCGAUGCUGAUGUAGCUAAUGGAAUCUACAAUUGUGAAUGUUGCAAAAUUAACAGGGAUGGUAUCCUGUGCUGCCAUGCAUUGAAAGUUAUGACACAUCUAGGGAUGGUUACAAAAUACCCAGAGCACUACAUCCUACCCAGGUGGUGUCUACCCCCUCCCGACAUAGUUGCACCGCGGGAUGAGAGGCAAGAAAAGCCUGUUGGCCAGAAACUAUCUAGAAAAGAUAUGAGAUUGCUUAGAUAUGGUAACCUCUGCAGUGAUUUUGCUAAGCUUGCUGUUGGUUUAGCGGCCUCAGAGAAAACUAAUGAAAUAGCUGAACGGCACAUGAGAGCAAUGGAGAAAGAGAUGGCAGAUUUGAAAAAGGCUAAUGCUGAUGCACUCAAAAAAAGGAAGAGCGCCAAGCAUCCAGUAAACACCAACACUGCUAAUGAUUCACAAGAAAGUGUACCUAUGGAAGAAGAUGCUGCUACUGUGGAGAAUCAGAAAGCUAGGAACCCACCAAUGUCAGCGAUAAAAGGGCGCCCAGGUUCAAAAAGAAAGAAAGGUGGUCUACAGUUACAGAAACCAAAACAAGGUCUUUGUGGUGUGUGCAAGCAACCAGGUCACGAUGCUUGUACGUGCGAGGUGCGACUAGCAAACCCAGAGAAGUACAGUUUGUUGGGCCUUUUUCAUUGA